AUGAAGCGUCUCCUUGAAAUCAGUCUCUCCUCACGCCCCUCACCUGUGCCCUCACCUCUGCCCCCACUCUGCCCUCACUCUGCCCUCACCUCUGCCCUCACCUCUGCCCUCACUCUGCCCUCACUCUGCCCUCACCUCUGCCCUCACGUCUUGAAUGGCCUUUUCCAUCAGUGCGUCUCUGGCGUCUGCGUCGUUCUUCAGUUUCUGGAUGGUUUGUACCGACGUGUGGCGCAGCUCCACCAUCUCGCUCUGCAACUGGAGCUCAUCAUUAAAGCACUUUUAGUUUCAUACAUAUUGUUGGUAAAUUCUCACUCUGCCCUCACUCUGCCCCUCUUCCCUCACCUCUGCCCUCACCUCUGCCCUCACUCUGCCCUCAUUCUGCCCUCACCUCUGCCCUCACCUCUGCCCUCACUCUGCCCUCAUUCUGCCCUCACUCUGCCCUCACCUCUGCCCCUCUGCCCUCACCUCUGCCCUCACUCUGCCCUCACUCUGCCCUUACCUCUGCCCUCACUCUGCCCUCACCUCUGUACCUCUGCCCUCACCUCUGCCCUCACCUCUGCCCUCACCUCUGCCCUCAUCUCUGCCCUCACUCUGCCCUCACCUCUGCCCUCACCUCUGGCCUCACUCUGGCCUCACUCUGGCCUCACUCUGGCCUCACUCUGCACCUGA